GAAUGCUAUGGCAGUAUUUCAAGUACUUUGAUAUUCAAUUUCAAUCACAAGUCCAGCAUCUGUAGCAGAUCUGGUUGCAAUUCAUGAAAGUUUAAUGCACAUUACAGGAAAUACUGAUAUGAUACAGAUGCUCUUGGCCAAACCACGGUUGUUACUCAAAAUAUGAAAGAAACCUCUGAGGAAAAAUAAAUCCUUCAUUACAAAUUCUAGAGUAAGUUAUUUGAAAAAAAAAAAUUCAAAUUUCCUAUAACUUCAUCGCAUUUUCUAGAAUGUUUGAGAAGACGGCAUUUGACAGUUUGAUGGCAAUGAUCCUUUCAAACAAUUGCCCCAUGUGCUCCAUGGUAACCACGUCGCAGAGCUCCUGCAGAAAACACGUUGCCAUGGGUAUGUGCUUGGUGUACUCAGUUAUAAAUAAGCUGCAGGUGUGCAAACAACUCCUAGCAUUUUGUCGUUGCUUUCUUCCUGUGCAGAUUAUGUUUGUAGAAGCUACCGAUGGCCGAACCAGUGCGUAGAGAAUUAAGGAUUUCUCAUCCUCCGCUGGAGCCCAUCGUUCGUGAUGGCAAAAUCCGUGAGCAAAUCGAGCUGGAAAGCAAGGGCCGCCGAGAGUAUCGGAAAAAGUGGGGCUACAUCACGCAACCGGCCACGACCGAGUUCUACGACCUGAAGCGCAACAAUCAGAAGCUGCGCGAGAUACAGCAGGCCCGCAACCAGAACGUUAGCCUGCGCGAAUACGAUGGCCACGGGGAGUCGUUUUUCGUCUCGAAGCAGAUGUUCAAAACGCUGCUCGAUACGUGCCGGUGUGGCCGGAAGCGUACCAACACCCACGCGCUCAAGUGUUUGCAAAAGCCGAAAAACACGUACGAAAAGACGGACGACGAGGAGGAGGACGAGGAGCUGGAGAAGCAGCGCAAGCAGCAGCAGCAGCAGCGUGAAGGGCGCAGAGCGAAGAACGGUUCCGGUGGAAGUGGCCGCGAGGGAGAGGAGGAUGUGGAAACCGUCAGCAGCUACAUACCGAAGGUGCCAACGUUGAGCUCAGGUAUGUACGGUUGGCCCCAAAACCGUUUUGUAGCGAUGGAAAAAACGACUUACUAUGUAUCACCACGCUACACCAUGCCCGGACACCCGAUCGUCGACAGCCAUCCGUACAAUAACAUCAUUCUUGGGUAGAUUACUCUUAACCAUCCUAGCCACCGCGCACACACACAAGCACAUAAUAAAAUCGUUCAACACACA